CAUUUCCUGCAUUGGGGAAACAGACACACCGAGCGAGCGAGCGAGCCAGCUGGGGGAGCCUUCCUCGCCCAGCAUCAGGCAAGCCUAGCCCGUGGCACAAACCAGACCAGCGGCCUUGAGGUGGGGAGGGAAGGGCGGGAACUUCGUUUGCCGGCGUCAGAUUUUUUUUUUCCCCUUUCCCCUUUUCUUUUUUUUUUUUUCUUUUUUAAAUCGACCCUCUGAAAAUAACAGAAAAAAGAGCCGCCCUCCUUUCCCGAGCAGGUCGAUCGGGAGCAGUUUCUCCUCAUGCAUUGGGUUCGAUCCCCUGGAUUCUUGGCCUUGGAAGAGGAGGAGGAGGAGGCGGAGAAGGCGAGGAAGCUCCUGCAGCAGCCGAGGCGGAUGUAAGGUUCCUCGGACUGUGUGAUUUCCCCCCCCUUCCCCCUCCCCUUCAGUCGGAAGGCUGCGAAGUGGGCAGGGCUGCGCGCUAGGUUCGGUGUUCCUGGGUGUUUGCUUUUCUUUCCGACCCCCUUCCCCCUCCUCUCCUCUCCCCUCCCUCCCCUCCCCUGUUGUUCCUGCCGCCGCCGCCGCCGCACAGGCAAGUCAGCAGCAGAGCGUGAGCGGCGGAUUGCUUUCAACGGAGGACUGCUCAAGGAUUAUGCUCUAAAGAGAGAAAGACGAGGCGGGGGGGGGGAGUCUUUCUUUUAAGAAAAAUAUAUAUAUAUACGCAUAUACAUAUAUAGACCUAGAUACGUCCCUGCGUUCCCCGCUCCGAGGAUUCUUUUGAAUGUGCUGCGAUCGCAUUUCGGAUUUCUGCAAGCAGCAACGCGGUCCCUCUCCCCUUCCCUUCUGCCCCCCCCCCCCGCCCUUUGUUUUUCCGUUAAACACACACACACACACACACACAGGCCAAUCUCUCUUAAAUAUAUGCGUGUGUGUUUGUAUGCAUGUGUAUAUACACAUGCGUGUAUAUAUGAAUGUAUGCCUGUAUGCAUUCACUGGGUGUCGCAAGAGGAAAAACUAGCCAAAGCCACCGAAAGGAGCCCCCUGCACCCACCCAACCCCCGCUCCACUUAAACCUGCCUUCUUAUUUAUUGAGACAUCUCCUAGAAACCUUCCUGGCUCCGGAGCGUGCUUAAUCCCAAAGAAAAGUGAAGCCAUCUAACCAUGGUGGUUUUUAAUGGCAUGCUGAAAAUUAAAAUCUGCGAAGCGGUGAAUCUCAAACCCACCCCUUGGUCGCUAAGGCAUGCGGUGGGUCCCAGGCCACAGACCUUUCUACUGGACCCAUACAUCGCCCUCAACGUGGACGAUUUCAGGAUCGGGCAGACCUCCACCAAGCAGAAAACCAACAGCCCGGCCUGGAACGACGAAUUUGUUACCGAUGUUAGUAACGGCAGGAAGAUUGAAAUGGCCGUUUUCCACGAUGCCCCCAUCGGGUACGACGAUUUUGUGGCUAACUGUACCAUCCAGUUUGAGGACUUGCUGCAGAACGGGAGCCGGCACUUCGAGGACUGGAUUGAUUUGGAGCCAGAAGGAAGAGUGUACGUCAUCAUAGAUCUUUCAGGCUCUUCAGGUGAAGCACCCAAAGACAAUGAAGAAAGAGUGUUUAGGGAACGGAUGCGCCCCAGGAAGCGCCAGGGGGCAGUGCGACGCAGGGUCCAUCAGGUUAAUGGGCACAAGUUUAUGGCCACCUAUCUUAGACAACCAACCUAUUGUUCACACUGUCGAGACUUUAUAUGGGGAGUAAUAGGAAAGCAAGGGUACCAAUGUCAAGUUUGCACUUGCGUAGUCCACAAGCGAUGCCAUGAGCUUAUAAUAACAAAGUGCGCUGGCUUGAAGAAGCAGGAAGCCCAUGAUGAGGUGGGUUCUCAGCGUUUCAGUGUCAACAUGCCUCACAAGUUUAGCAUUCACAAUUACAAAGUGCCCACCUUCUGUGACCACUGUGGUUCAUUGCUUUGGGGUCUUCUGAGACAAGGUUUACAAUGCAAAGUUUGCAAGAUGAAUGUACAUAGACGCUGUGAAACAAACGUAGCACCCAACUGUGGAGUAGAUGCUAGAGGGAUAGCUAAAGUACUUGCGGAUCUUGGCGUUACUCCAGAUAAAAUCACUAAUAGCGGACAAAGGAGGAAGAAGCUUGUUCCAGGUGCAGAAUCUCAAGCGCCAGUUCCUGGAUCCUCACCAGGAGAAGAUGACAGAUCAAAGUCAGCACCGACUUCCCCAUGUGAUCAAGAAAUCAAAGAGCUUGAAAAUAACAUCAGGAAAGCAUUAUCAUUUGACAAUCGGGGAGAAGAACAUAGGGGAGCAGCAACAAGCUCAGCUGAUAGCCAACUUAACACACCCGGGGAGAAUGGGGAAAACGGAGACAUCAAAGCUCAGAUGUCAAAGCGAAUGGGCCUGGAGGAAUUUAAUUUCAUUAAAGUAUUAGGAAAAGGCAGCUUUGGAAAGGUUAUGCUGGCGGAACUCAAAGGUAAAGAUGAAGUAUAUGCUGUGAAAGUCUUAAAGAAAGAUGUCAUUCUUCAAGAUGAUGAUGUGGACUGUACAAUGACAGAAAAACGGAUUCUGGCAUUAGCACGAAAGCAUCCCUAUUUAACACAGCUCUACUGCUGCUUCCAAACCAAGGACCGCCUAUUUUUCGUCAUGGAAUAUGUCAAUGGAGGAGACCUAAUGUUUCAGAUUCAACGUUCACGCAAAUUUGACGAGCCUCGCUCCCGCUUCUAUGCAGCAGAAGUCACAUCGGCACUCAUGUUUCUACAUCAACAUGGCGUCAUCUACAGGGACCUGAAACUGGACAACAUUCUUUUGGAUGCAGAAGGCCAUUGCAAACUAGCUGACUUUGGAAUGUGCAAGGAAGGAAUUUUGAAUGGAGUAACAACUACUACCUUUUGUGGAACACCUGAUUACAUAGCUCCAGAGAUUCUCCAGGAAUUAGAAUAUGGUCCUUCCGUGGACUGGUGGGCCCUGGGGGUUCUCAUGUAUGAGAUGAUGGCUGGACAACCUCCCUUUGAAGCUGAUAAUGAAGAUGACCUCUUUGAGUCUAUCCUACAUGAUGAUGUGCUAUAUCCAGUGUGGCUUAGCAAAGAAGCUGUCAGCAUUUUGAAAUCUUUCAUGACAAAAAACCCAAACAAACGCCUGGGCUGUGUGGCAUCUCAGAACGGUGAAGAUGCCAUUAAACAGCAUCCAUUCUUCAAAGAAAUUGACUGGGUUCUUCUAGAACAAAGGAAAAUUAAGCCACCCUUCAAACCUCGGAUUAAAACCAAAAGGGAUGUAAAUAACUUUGAUCAAGACUUUACACGAGAAGACCCAAUAUUAACACAAGUGGAUGAGACAAUUAUAAAGCAAAUCAACCAAGAAGAAUUUAAAGGCUUCUCAUAUUUUGGAGAAGAGCUGCUGCCAUAAGAUAUUUUUCCCCACCCCUAAAUUGGAACCACCAGAUCACAGAUGCUGCAAGUUGUGUUCUGAAAAAUCCUCCAGCUACACCAUCAAGAACUGCUUCUCUGAUCAUGAGCCUAAACCCAUUACUUUCUACUGUCUAUUUAUUGUUAUAUUUCCUUGAUCUGGAGGCACUCAUAUUAGCUGUUUUACAGAGCAAUGCAAAAAUUUUGUAUUAGAAAUUGUAAAGGUAACACAUUGCUGUUGUUUUUUGCUGCUGUGUCUCUCGUUCUCUCUAUUCAGACUUUCUUUUAUUUUCAGGAAGGCUUUGUCUUUUUUUAAAAUCAUCUAGCACUGUCAAAAGUCAUUAGUUCAACCAUUUUUAAUAUUGAAAAAUCACUAGGAAUUUUAGCUUCAUCUUUUAAAGCUUAAAAUUAUGGUCUAGAGUAUGUUCUGAAGGUUAGACAACUUUUUUCCAAGAUGCCAUAAAUAGGUAUCUCAUCCCAUUGUGCUAGAUGGAUAAGUAUAUAUGUUGUAUGAUUAUGGAGAGAGAGGAAUUCUUCAUUAUGACUUAUUUUCAACUCAGAUAUGAAUCUAUAAAUCAGCCAUAAGAUUUACUGAGCUUGGAAUCAGCUCAUUGCAUUUUGAGUUGAUUGCCAGGGGCCUUAUGAAGCAGGAGAGAUAAACAUUAAACCCUUUUGCCAUUGAUUUCAAUAAAUUGUCAACAGGAAUGGUUGAGCUCACACCCCUUAACAUUCAAAUGGGUACGUUUGGAGUGAACUUCAAUUCUUCAAUAGGCAGCUCUUUCCAUGGAAUGCAACCUUAGGAAAGUGAAGUUUUGCAUCUUAGUGUCAGGCAAAAGAAAUAUGCCCAAAUCUGUCAAAUAUGAUCUUCUCAAAGUUCUGUUGAGCGUCUUAGAAUGGUUUGUUUUUUUCAAUCUCAGCGGUUUUAAAAUGUGUGGACUUAAAACU